AUGUUAUGGAAUAAAUUUCGUCACGUGAACCAUAAUUUUGAUGACCCACUCGAAUACCUCGCCGUCCAGAUCGACUUCCUGAACAUCAAUCACCCCGCUUCAGAGGUAGUUCUUCUCGAUGAUUUCAAUGCCCAUAAUGAGCUUUGGUUGGGCUCAAAUAAGACCGAUGCAGCAGGUCGUGCAGUCGAAGCGUUCGCUCUUACUCAAGGGCUGACCCAGCUAGUGACGAGCCCUACUUUUUUCCCCCGCGUCUCGUCACACGCCAGUAGCCUGCUGGAUCUCUUUCUGACCACGCAUCCUGCCCCUUACAGCACUGCUGUCCUGUCCCCCCUGGGUAACUCAGAUCACGGUGUUGUGGAGGUUAGGUUUCGGUCAGAAGCCGCUGUGGCAGCAGAAACUCGGACAGGCCGCAAAACUUGGCAUUACGGACAUGCCGACUGGGAGGGGCUCAGAGACUUCUUCUCUAGCUUUCCUUGGAGUGAUGUCUGUUUCACUGACGCGGAUGCGUCGACUGUCUGUUCUUCAAUAACCGAAAUUAUCCACGUCGGAAUGGAGGAAUACAUCCCUCACACAGUGAAAGUUCCUAAACCAGGGUCCAACGGCUGGUUCAACAAAUCGUGUGACACUGCUCGCCAGCAGAAGAUCAAGGCCCACAGAACCUACUUACAAAACCCCACUGUAGAGAACAGACAAGCCGACGUCGAGUCCAGAAACAAAUAUAACGAAGCGGUUCGCAAUGCCAAAAACCAGCAUGAUAUAAAAGUUAGGCACAGGGUAAUGUCGCAGCGCAAUGGCAGUCGGUCUUUCUGGACGCUGGCCAAGCAGAUUGAAAAGAACUUCUCACACAGUAGCCUUCCACCACUUACGUUGCUAGCCAAGAUCUUUGCUGCCAACUCCACCAUGGACGUCCCCACCAACGCCCAAGUGCCGUCAAUUCAAAGGGUUCCCCACACUAUGCGGGAGGUAACAUUCAGGCAUAAGACCGUAAGACGAGUGCUCUUGUCGCUCGACAUCAACAAAGCUUCUGGUCCGGACUUGAUUCCUGCCAUUGUACUGAAGAGAUGUGCAGCGGAGCUUGCUCCAGUUUUUUCGCGUCUCUUCCAGAUAUCUUAUGAAUCCGGCACCUUCCCAGAAAACUGGAAAUUUGCUCAUAUGUGCAUAAAUCGCGAGCUUCUGGACUACCUCGAACGUUACAGCUUGAUUAGCGACAGGCAGUACGGUUUCCGGCACCAACGAUCCACAGGGGACCUCCUAGCUUACGUCACGCAACUGUGGAGUAAACUCAUCCACUCUAAUGGUGAGGCUCAUGUCGUUGCUCUUGACAUCACGAAAGCGUUCGAUCAGCUGUGGCACGCUGCCCUCUUAAGCAAACUUCCAUCCUACGGCCUCCCAGAAAAGCUUUGCAGAUGGGUGGCUGACUUUAUCUCUGGCCGCAAGAUAUCCGUCGUAAUUGACGGAUUCUCCUCUUCAUCCCACAACGUCAACGCGGGUGUUCCCCAGGGAUCGGUCUUGGCUCCAACACUGUUUCUCUUACAUAUCAACGACCUCCUUUCCUGCACGAUCAACCCAAUCCACAGCUUCGCUGAUGACAGCACUCUACAUGCAGGAAUUCAGAGUGACAAGCCGAUCUCUGCCGCUGAGCUGGAAAAAAGAAGACUAGCGACGACUUCUUCUCUGACAAGAGACCUGGAGGCUAUCACUGCUUGGGGACGCAACAAUCUUGUACAGUUCAAUGCUUCCAAAACACAGUACUGUACUUUGACGAACAAAAAGCGUCCUAGCGCUCAUACAGUUUCGAUGGACGGUCGAGUUCUACCAAAGAGCCAUUCAUUUCGGCUGGUCGGAGUCCAGAUCACCGAGGACCUGAUCUGGCACGAACACAUCUCUUCAAUAGCUGCAGCUGCUGGGAAAAAGCUAGGCUAUUUGUUUAGGGCUAAGAAGUACUUUUCUCCGCAUGACCUUCUCACUCUAUACAAGGCCCAGAUAAGGCCUAGCCUCGAGUAUUGCUCACACAUUUGGGGUGCUGCCGCCCCGACUACAUUGUCCAUGCUCGAUGCUGUCCAGAGGAGGGCGGUCCGACUGAUCGAUGACUCUUCCCUAACAGACAGUCUCGGGACUCUUUCGCACCGGCGGGCCGUCGGCGAUCUAGCUCUUUUCUAUCGCUACACCAACGGGCUUUGCUCCUCAGAGCUCUCUUCCAUGAUGCCGCCGCGCGAUGUGCCUGCCAGACAGACCCGCCUAACUUCGGCGUCCCAUCCUGACCGUGUCAAACUUCGUACAUCCAGAACUGGCCGAUACGACCGCUCCUUUGUCCCGAGGGUGUCUAGAUUGUGGAACAGUCUGCGGGAGGAAGCUUUUCCCAGUUUUACUAACCUUAGGCAGUUCAAAAAUCGUAUUAACAAAAUUUCUUUGGGAUCAUCAUAG